GAAAGGCUCGCUUUUGAACUGAUUCCACCUGUUCGCAUAAAUAUUCAGGGAUACAAGACUAACAAGAGUGCCAUAUGGGGCAGGCAUAUUCCAAGACUGGUCGAAUGUAGCAGCAAUAAACUCUUACUAUGUCCACAACAUCAAAGCCCGCUCGUUGCAAGAUUCUUAGAAAUAUAA